AUGGAACAAGAGACUGAGGCGCCCUUGCAGGCUAGCAAUGACACGAUUGGACGUGAAAAUGUAACAUGUGAUGAACGUGAGCCCUUGGAAGAGGUGUUCCUCCGGGAGUCAUUCCAGCAGUGCAAGAAUGGACGGGCGCUGGUGAAGGAUCUGCUUUUGAGACUGGACCAAGGUCGGGCUGCCUUGCAAGACACUGCACAGCUGCUGAAAGGAGUGGCAGGGGCAGAGGGCGCAUAUGCCAAAGCGUACAAGAAGCUGGGCAAAGAGUCGCUGAGCAAGGGGGAAGGACCGACUCUGAAGAACGCCACUGAAGCCGUCUGUGCGUACGCGCCUGAGGUCGCCAAGUGA